GAAAAGUAGUGAACAAUGCUUUCACCUGAUAGAGACCCUCACUCACUGGAAACCCCCCUUUUUGACUCUCUUCUUAUUGUUUUUACCCUCUCUCUCUGUGUUCAAGAGCCAGUGUAUAAGAACUGCAUGUGAACUAAGAAGGGCAUGACUUGUAUAUAGGGAGCGAGGGGUAUCUUGUUCAUCCUCUCAAUAUAAUCUUAUCUCUCUGCAGCUUCUUUUACAGAGUAGAGAACACCAAGGAAAUGACAGUUACGUGUCUCUCUACUCACCUGAGGUGACUUGUUUUACUAUAAUCAAUCAACAUACUACACACCCUAGUGCUCGACUAUUUGGCAGUAAUGGCUCAGCAGGAAGAGGGUUGGCCUCUGGGUUUGCAACCACUGAAUGUGAGAAUUGGGUUGGCAAGAAUUGGUGAUUUUUCUGGAUCAAUUUCAUUCAACACUUUACUCACAGGCUCUCCAAGUUCCUCCACAGAUUCUUCAUCAGAUUUGGACACAGAGUCCACAGGGUCUUUCUUCCAUGACAAGAGCAUCACGCUUGGGAGCCUGAUAGGUGUCUCCAGCAUUAUAGAGCUCACUGGAAGAUCAGUAAGGGGAAGAAGAGCAGAAAGUUUAAAAGGCAAGAGAAGCUACAAGUCCAGAACAUGGUUUUUCUCUUUAUGCUCAAGGGCUAGCACUGAUGCAGAGAAUGUGAAGAACCCUCCCUCCCUUGGCCACUUUCUUGCAGUGGAAAGGAGAGCUGCCAAUGAAUAUAGAAGGAACCAUAGCCCUAUCGAUUAUGGACCGGAUGAGCUUGCCCUGGCUCAGCCUAAUGCAGAACCAAACUCACUAUUCAUGGAUGGAGAAAUUGCACCUCCUCAGCCAAGUUCAUGGUCAGGUUCAGAUGCUGAGAUGGGACAAAACAGAGGACUAGUGAAUGGCAGUGGGCAUGGAGUGCCAGUGCUGUUUUCAUGCAUGUGUGGACAAUCUUCCCACUGAAUGAUUAUGCCUGCAACUUUUUUUUUUUUCCUACUUUUACUUAUUUUUUGUGUUCCUCAGAUUGGUGAUUGAAAUUUAUGUUCUAGGAAGGAGAAUAAACUGUCAUUUCCAUUUCA